AAUAUCUACAAUCUACCACUGUCAGAGUUGAAGAGAUGAGAAUCAAAAGGAGGGAUGCAGAACUGUGGAUGUCCCACCGUAUGCUACCUGAUUUCCUGAAACAAAGAAUCAGACGGUAUGAACAAUACAAAUGGCAAGAAAAUAGGGGUGUUGAGGAGGAGACAUUGAUUCGCAACCUCCCCAAAGAUCUCAGAAGGGACAUAAAGCGCCAUCUUUGUUUAGAUCUACUUAAAAAGGUGCCAAUGUUCGAGAGCAUGGAUAAUCAGUUGUUGGAUGCACUGUGUGAUAAACUAAAGCCAGUCCUGUACACAGAGAGAAGUUACAUAGUCCGUGAAGGGGAUCCAGUUGAUGAAAUGCUGUUCAUCAUGCGUGGAAAACUUGCAACUGCCACAACAAAUGGUGGAAGAACUGGUUUCUUCAAUUCCUCUGAGCUCAAGGCUGGUGAUUUCUGCGGAGAAGAGCUUCUGACAUGGGCCUUGGACCCCAACUACUCCUCAAAUCUACCCAUUUCAACUAGAACUGUGGAAACUAUAUCAGAAGUUGAAGCCUUUGCUCUCAUGCCUGAGGACUUGAAAAGUGUUGCUUCCCAAUUUCGACGUCUUAUAAACAACAAACAACUCCAACACACUUUCAGGUUCUAUUCCUUGCAAUGGAAGACAUGGGGUGCAUGUUUCAUACAAGCAGCAUGGCGUAGAUAUAGAAAAAAGAAGGCAGAGAGGUUGUUACGUGAAGCAGAAGAAAGGAUACAAAAUCUGGAAAAUGAAGAAGGGUCUUCACCUAGCUUUGCUGCCACUGUAUAUGCAUCAAAGUUUGCAACAAAUGCAUUGCGCCACCUCCGAAGUGGCAAACGCACCAGAGUGCCACAGCCACAGAAAUUGCUACCCCUGAUGCCUCAGAAGCCUUCGGAGCCAGAUUUCGCUGCUCUGAAAAACUAGUUUUUUAAGAACAUUUACAGCAAAACUUGUUGUAAUUUCACUUCUCUGCAUGUGCUAGCAAUUGUAGGAUCAUAAGUUACUAGCAAGUUGUGUUUUUGGAUUUUCCUAUUUGACAACAUUAU